AUGUCUAUGACCACCACCUCCACCUCCUCCGCGUCGGCUACUUCCAGCUGCCAUGCCAAGCUGUACGACCUCCCUACCCACGAUGCCGCCUGCGCGAUGCCCAUGCAAAGCAACAACUCCGCGAUUAUGAGCAGCUGCUGCUCCGAUGCCGCAGUCGUCGAGUACGAUGGUUGUGACUACUACUGUCUUGCUCAGGGACAGAGCGUCGGUACCCUUGCCGAGUGCCUUAUCAAAGCCUCUGAGCCUGGUGAGGUUUGGUGUAACACCAAUGCCAAUGCAACGGCUACGGCAACAGCCACGGCUACUGGAACCGGCGUCGUGACUCUGACUGCCUCGACAACUGAUGCGGAUAGUACUACCUCGGGUACUUCGAGUGGCUCUACGGCGACUUCGACUGCCAAUGCGGCUGCUGGUAUUGUUGUGCCUCGUCCUUUGUCUAAGUCUGCUGUUGGUAUUGUUGGGAUGCUGUUGGCUGGGUCGGCGGCAGGUCUUUUCCUCUAG